AACCUCCCUUUUAACCACAAACCGAAUUUGCUUUCAUUUAGGCCAUAUAUUUUUCUUAAAUAGGUUAAAGUCAGAGAUUUUUUUUCCGCUCUCUUUUUUAGUGGGAAAAGCAUUUCGCCCUGGAGCGGUGCGCAAUGCUUUCUCACGCCGACCUCCUGGAUGCUCGCCUCGGUGAGUUAUCAUCACCAAACUCCGGUCUCCAACUCUACUGGAUGAAAGAUGCCGCAGCGGAGCUUCUGGGCCACAGGGAGGCUUUAAAGUGCAGGCUUGGCGGUGGCGGACCUGACCCGGGUCAUUCCGGGGAGCUCGGCCCAGGUCCGGACGGCGUGGAGGGAGCCACGAUGCUUCCCGGAGAUGAGAUUGGUGGCGGCACAGGAACGAACCCUGUGCAGGUGAACAGCAAGGAUCAGGAGAAGCAGCAACAGCAGCAGCAGAACAACAACAGCAGCAGCAACCAGAAUCAGUCCGGAGGGCAGCAGACCCAGAAACAAAAACGGCACCGGACACGCUUUACCCCGGCGCAGCUCAACGAGCUGGAGAGGAGCUUCGCCAAAACGCACUACCCAGAUAUCUUCAUGCGGGAAGAGCUGGCUCUGAGGAUCGGCCUGACGGAGUCCAGAGUGCAGGUUUGGUUCCAGAACCGACGCGCCAAGUGGAAGAAGCGCAAGAAGACCACCAAUGUCUUCAGAGCUCCGGGGACCCUCCUGCCGACGCACCACGGCCUGCCUCAGUUCCCUUCCGCCGCGGCCGCUGCCGCGGCCAUGGGCGACAGCCUCUGCUCCUUCCACGCUAACGACACCCGCUGGGCUACGGCGGGGAUGCCCGGUGUGUCCCAGCUGCAGCUUCCGCCCGCUCUGGGCCGCCAGCAGGCCAUGGCGCAGUCCCUGUCUCAGUGCAGCCUCGGCGCAGGACCACCGCCCAACUCCAUGGGUCUGUCCAACAUGUCCUCGAACGGCUCCGGGCUGCAGUCGCACCUCUACCAGCCCACUUUCCCCGGGAUGGUACCCGCGUCCCUGUCCGGCCCCACCAACGUGACGGGCUCGCCUCAGUUGUGUAGCUCCCCGGACAGUGACGUCUGGAGAGGGACAAGCAUCGCGUCUCUGCGCCGCAAAGCGCUGGAGCACACAGUAUCCAUGAGCUUCACUUAGUGCCGCUCCAGCAGAGUUUCUUUGCAUUCAGUUCUUCUCACGCAUUCAGUUCAUCUCAAACGGAAAAAUGAUAAUAAAAGUAAAUGAAAGCCACCCAGGAUUCAUGAUCACAUCUCCAGCUGCGCUCCAGCGGCUCCCCUGACGCUCUUGGCUCGCGCAGGACUGGUUCUGAUCACCACUUUCGCUUAUGAAUGUUUGUUUAUUUAAUAGUCUCUUUAAAUAAACUUAUUGGUUUGUUCAAUAUUUAUUUAUUUAUUUAUUUAUUUAUUUAUUUAUUUAUUUAUUUAUUUACAUGCAGACUGCCUUUACAGCUGCAAGGCGUUCACUUGGACACUGGUGUUUUAUUUUCUCCCCAAGACAAAAUCUGCGGAUUCAAACCAUUUUGUCCUGUUCCUCCUGCUGCUCCUAAACCUCCUCCACCGGGCCAAAGGGCUCCACUAUGGAAGUGCCAAAACCAGAUCCUUGUGGGUUUAAAAGGAUAGAACUGGAAUACAGAGAAGGAAAACCGACCCAGGACUCAAGACAAAAGGAAACAAACUUGACUGCAUGUGCUGUCAAAAGCAAAAGAUGAAUAAAAAUACAAACAUGAAUAAAAAUGGAGGAAACAGUAUAAAGUCAGACCUGGAAACAGACUCAACUAUAAUCUGUUCUAUAGGAUGUUUUGUGUAGUGGAAGCUCUCUUCUUCCCAUUUGGUCAGUUUGUGAAAACUUAUGUUAAAAAUAAAUGCUGUCUGUGCUUAUGAUCAGAAAUGCCUUUCUAAAGUGUGUGAACCAUUUUGUUUCAUGGACAUGUUUAUAUACUUCAGUGUAAAUGAGGAAAUAAACAUCAUUUUCAAUUACGCCA